AUGACGUAUGUGAAAGACCUUGAGGAAGAAAUACAUCAUAUCCUCCAAUCUUCUUCUAAAUUUCGUAACUAUAACAGUGAGUUGCGGGAUAAAUACAUAAAGCAAGAGGAGAAUUUUGAUCAAGAAAGAAAGAGAUGGGAUCGGGAUAGAAAGAAGUGGAGUAAAAAACUGGGAGGGGCUAAUACUGAGAUCCAGAAAUUACGCACUCACGAUCUAGAGCUUAUUAAUGAGACUAGACGUCUACAGAUUGAAAAUACUCGCAAAGAUAUCUCUCUUGCGGAAUCCAAGGCUAAGCAUGCUACAAAAUUAGAGGAGAUUAAAUCGCUUCGGAAUGGGAUGAAAUUAUUGAAAGAUAAGCUAGAUUUAUCUCAGAAAGACUCAUCAAAGAAAGGGUCCGAAAUCGAGUCUCUCAAGUCUAAGAUAGUUGAAUUAGCUUUAAAAAUUAGUGAAUUGGAGCGUCUGAAACCUGAGGAUAUAUCGGGAUCUAUAAUCGGUGGAGAUGAUAAGGGGCAGAGCCCCAUGACUCGAAGAGUCGCUCUAAAGGAGCUUGUUUCCACAAUAAAAAAUACGCAGAGCGAGGAACAAAGUUCUAUAUCGAAUUCUAGUAGGGGCAUAACCCCGUUGCAAAGCAAUAAUAUUUCUACUGUUAGCGGUUCUAAUAAAAAUCUCAGUAAAUAUUUUGUACACAGAAAAAAUAUGAAUCCAAUAGAAAAAAUCGAUGGCGAGAUUACCGAAAACUACCAAAAAAUGAUACCGAGAUCAACCCCAAGUGCGAAUCCAUACCUUACUCAACGGGGAAAUAAUAGCGGAGCUAGUGCUAAACCACAUAUGUCCUCUUUGAUUAAAUCGAAUGCCCAGAUGAGACCUAGUCUCGAGGCUUUGCCUCUUCCUGCUGUGGCAAGCACUUUAAUGUCACCGCUAUCGGCAUAUAUUUUUCUUGCUCUGUUAAUUAUUGCGGUUGUGUGGUUUGUGAGACGCACAUGGAAUAUAGGUAGGCUCGAAGCGCCAUUGCUCCACAGGCCCGAAGGAGCGACUCUAAAGGGUCAUAAAAAAAGUGAUCGAUUGCGGGAUAUGUGGAUCGGAUAUGUUAACAAUUCGGCACUACGUGCCUCAUCCUCGAUCGAUAUUCGAAUGCAUCAUACAAAGCCAGAAUAUGAAUACUAUUUCGGCACUACGUGCCUCAAACCUGGCCCUUAUCGAGGAAUUAACCAGAAAGCUAGGGCACUACGUGCCCAGUUUGGGCAUAGCCCUCACAAUGGACCCGCAAAUGACGACACGCGACUGAAUGCAUCAUCAGCUCAGCAAUAA